CCUAACUCGGGGGACUGGCUGAGGAACAACUUGGCGGGUGCUCAGCCCGCUGCCGUUUAUGUUGUUCCCCAGAGAGCGGCCCGCGGAGGAGUUGCGCUCGCGUGGCCGCCGUGUAGGAACUCCGUGGAGGUGUUGUGUGGCUCUAAAGGCUCGUUGUGAUGCGUAUCCCCGUAGAUACCAGCACCAGCCGCCGCUUCACGCCUCCCUCCACCACGCUGAGCCCGGGGAAGAUGAGCGAGCCGCUGGCGCUGCCCGGAGCCGAGCACAGCGGGGCUUUGCCGGGGAAGCUGCGCGGAGCCGACCGCAGCAUGGUGGAGGUCCUGGCGGAUCAUCCCGGGGAGUUGGUGCGCACCGACAGCCCCAACUUCCUCUGCUCCGUGCUGCCCACGCACUGGCGCUGCAACAAGACGCUGCCCAUCGCCUUCAAGGUGGUGGCCCUGGGGGACGUCCCCGACGGGACCCUGGUGACGGUGAUGGCCGGGAAUGACGAGAAUUACUCGGCGGAGCUGCGCAACGCCACGGCCGCCAUGAAGAACCAGGUGGCGCGGUUCAAUGACCUGCGCUUCGUGGGCAGGAGCGGCAGAGGGAAAAGCUUCACUCUGACUAUCACAGUCUUCACAAAUCCUCCCCAGGUAGCCACGUACCACAGAAACGAUAUGAGACAUCGACAGAAAAUAGAUGAGCAGACAAAGCCUGGCAGUUUGUCCUUUUCCGAGCGCCUGAGCGAGCUGGAGCAGUUGCGUCGCACGGCCAUGAGGGUCAGCCCACAUCACCCAGCCCCCACACCCAACCCUCGAGCCUCCUUGAACCACAGCACAGCUUUUAACCCUCAGCCUCAGAGUCAGAUUCAGGGAGCCUCCGACCUGACGGCGUUCAGCGACCCCCGGGUGGGAAUCGACCGCUCCUUCCCGGCGCUGCCGUCCAUCUCCGACCCCCGCAUGCACUACCCGGGAGCCUUCACCUACACGCCGACCCCCGUCAGCUCCGCCAUCGGCAUCGGCAUGUCCGCCAUGUCCUCGGCCACCAGGUACCACACCUACCUCCCUCCGCCCUACCCCGGCUCCUCUCAGCCUCAGGGCGGCCCUUUCCAGACUGGCUCUCCUUCCUAUCACCUGUACUACGGCACCUCGGCCGGUUCCUAUCAGUUCUCCAUGCUGUCGGGCGGCGACCGCUCUCCGCCGCGCAUCCACCCGCCCUGCACCAACGCCUCCACGGGCUCCGCGCUGCUCAACCCCAACCUGCCCAACCAGAGCGACGUGGUGGAGGCCGAGGGAAGCCACAGCAACUCGCCCACCAACAUGGCCAGCACGGCCAGGCUGGAGGAGGCCGUGUGGAGGCCGUACUGA